AUGCCACCAAAAACUGCUCCUCCACCACCAAGUGUUGGAGGUCAUGUACCAUCUAUGCCACCUCCUAAUUCUCCUCCACCAGCAAGUGUUGAAGGCCAUGUACCGCCUAUGCCACCAAAAACUGCUCCUCCACCAGCAAGUGUUGGAGGUCAUGUACCAUCUUUGCCACCUCCUAAUUCUCCUCCACCAGCAAGUGUUGAAGGCCAUGUACCGCCUGUGCCACCAAAAACUGCUCCUCCACCACUAAGCACUGAAGUUCAUGUACCGUCAGCGCCGGCAACUAAUGCUCCUCCACCACCAAGUGUUGAAAAUCAAGUACCAUCUCUGCCACCCAAAGGUGCUCCUCCACCACUAAGGAUGGAAGUUCAUGUGCCGUCUACGCUACCAAAUAAUGCUCCUCCACCACCAAGCGUUGAAGGUCGUGUACCGUCUGUGCCACCAACUAAUUCUCCUCCACCAUCAAGUGUUGAAGGUCAUGUACCGCCUAAGCCACCAAUUAACGUUCCUCCUCCACUAAGCAUUGAAGUUCAUGUACCUACUGCACCACCAAAAACUGCUCCUCCACCACCAAGUGUUGGAGGUCAUGUACCAUCUAUGCCACCUCCUAAUUCUCCUCCACCAGCAAGUGUUGAAGGCCAUGUACCGCCAAUGCCCCCAAAAACUGCUCCUCCACCACUAAGUACUGAAGUUCAUGUACCGUCAGCGCCAGCAACUAAUGCUCCUCCACCACCAAGUGUUGAAAGUCAAGUACCGUCGGUGCCACCAAAAGAUGCUCCUCCACUACCAAGUGUUGAAGGUCAUGUACCAUCUCUGCCACCAGCUAAUUCUCCUCCAUCACCAAGUGUUGAAGGUCGUGUACCACCUACGCCACCAAUUAAUGUUCCUCCACCACUAAGCAUUGAAGUUCAUGUACCUACUGCACCACCAAAUAACGCUCCUCCGCCACCAAGUGUCGAAGGUCAUGUACCAUCUAUGCCACCAACUAGUUCUCCUCCACCACCAAGUGUUGAAGGCCGUGUACCGCCUAUGCCACCAAAAACUUCUUCUCCACCACUAAGUACUGAACAUGUACCGUCAGAGCCACCAAAUAAUGCUCCUCCACCACCAAGUGCUGAAAGUCAAGUUCCGUCUUUGCCACCAAAAGAUGCUCCUCCUCCACCAAGUAUGGAAGUUCAUGUACCAUCUACGCAACCAAAUCUUGCUCCUCCGCUAUCAAGUGUUCAAGGUCAUGUACCAUCUUUGCCACCAGCUAAUUCUCGUCCACCACCAAGUGUUGAGGGUCAUGUACCGCCCACACCACCAAUUAAUGUUCCUCCACCAUUAAGCAUUGAAGUUCAUGUACCUACUGGACCACCAAAUAAUGCUCCUCCACCACCAAGUGUUGAAGGUCAUGUACCAUCUAUGCCACCAACUAAUUCUCCUCCACCUGCAAGUGUUGAAGGCCAUGUACUGCCUAUGCCACCAAAUAAUGCUCCUCCACCACUAAGCAUUGAAGUUCAUGUACCUUCUGCACCACCAAAUAAUGCUCCACCACCAAGUGUUGAAGGCCAUGCACCGCCUAUGCCACCAUAUAAUGCUCCUCCGCCAUUAAGUAUUGAAGUUCAUGUGCCGUCCGCACCACCAAAUACUGCUCCUCCACCACCAAACGUUGAAGGUCAUGUACCGUCUAUGCCGCCAACUAAUGCUCAUCCCCCGCCAAUUGUUGAAGGUCAUGUACCGUCUAUGCCACCAACUGCUUCUCAAACAAAGGCACCAGUCAAUAAGAGUCCUAUCUCAGUGCCAGUUGCUCCAGUACCCGUUGAAACACCACCCAGGAAUUUGCCACAAAUUUCACCGGCCAUCCAUUCAAGUACACCAGAAACUUCACCAUUUGCUCCUCAAAGACAUGCGCCAGACAAUAAGGCUCCCAUACCAGAACCAAUUGCUCCAGUACCAGUUGCAUCACCAACAAACAAUUUUCCACAAAACCCGACAUCCAUUCACCCAGUUACACCUGGAGAAUCUCCAUCUACAUUACCUGAUCCUGAAGUCUCUCCUGCAUCAUCUACUCCACCCAGCAUCAACGGGAAAAGGAGUCAUUUACCAGUUGUUGCACCACCAUAUGAAGCUCCCAAGCCAUCACUACCCGUGGGUCGUACCCCAGCUGAAGCUCCUUCCAUCCGCAAACCUGUAUCAUCUCCUCCCCCGAGCAUUAACUGGAAAAGGGGUCGAAUACCAGUUGUUGCACCAUCAUAUGACACUCCCAAACCAUCACCACCCAUGGGCCAUACCCCAGCUAAAGCUCCUGUUGUUCACAAACCUGUGAGACAUUAUAAACGUUCUCCUGUAUCUUCACCUUUAACGAUAUUCCAUAAGAAUCAUCAAGCGCCAUCAUGUCUGGUUUCUCCUCCCACUCCAGAACAGCAAGGCCCAGUGAUGCCACCGGUAUCAUUUCAAACAGGCAGGCAAAGACACUAUGCUCCUCCACCCCUAAAUCCAGCAUCUUCAGUCCCUCCAUCUCAUUUGCCUGAUGCUCCAUCAGUGAGCCAUGUUUCGCCUGCUCCUUCUCCAUCUUUAAAAGGACCAACUCACGAAACCAAUUUGCGCCCUAAGAUUUCUCCAUCUGGAGCUCCAGCAAAGAGCCCAAAAGGGGCACCACCGCUGCCACUAGUUCAAGUAUUCCCACCACCACCUCCCAAUCAAGAUUGUUCGUCAACUAUUUGCACCGAUCCAUAUACAAAUACCCCUCCUGGGUCACCUUGUGGCUGUGUCUUGCCUCUGCAAGUUGGACUGCGACUUAGUGUUGCACUGUAUACCUUCUUUCCCUUGGUUUCAGAGCUAGCCCAGGAAAUUGCUGUUGGGGUUCUUAUGCAACAAAGUCAGGUCCGCAUUAUUGGAGCCAAUGCAGCUACCCAGCAACCAGACAAGACAGUUGCCCUCAUUGACUUGGUUCCCCUCGGGCAACAGUUUGAUAACACCACAGCUGUUUUGACUUCCCAGAGAUUUUGGCAUAAACGAGUUGUUAUAAACGCAUCGUACUUUGGCGACUAUGAAGUACUAUAUGUGCGGUAUCCAGGUUUACCCCCGUCUCCACCUUCUUUGGACAUUGAUGCAAUGAAUGCGGGGCCUUAUCCUGGUAAUGACAAUAAUGGAAGGACGACAAAGCCCCUAGGGGUUGACGUGCACAAGAGGAAGAAUAAAAAUGGGCUUAGUGGUGGGGUAAUUGCUAUUAUUGCUUUGUCUACCUUUGUAGCAGUUGCUUUAUGCUCUGCUGCUACUUGGGUUUUUCUGUUCAAACCUAGAGACCGCGCAUCUCAACCAGCAGCAACUCCGCGGGCUAUGCUACCCUCUUCUGGAAAACCAUCAGGUACGGCUGGGUCGAUGAUGGAAAGUAGGCGCAGUUCCUUGUCGUUAUCAUUCGGAUCCAGCAGUGCACCAUAUACAGGAUCCGCUAAUACUUUCAGUGCGAGUGAUAUUGAGAGAGCCACUAACAAUUAUGACGAUUCAAGAGUACUUGGGGAAGGUGGCUUUGGGCGUGUUUAUAGUGGUGUUCUUGAAGAUGGGACCAAGAUUGCCGUCAAAGUUCUAAAAAGAGAUGAUCAUCAUGGUGGUCGGGAGUUUUUGGCUGAAGUUGAGAUGCUUAGUCGUCUUCAUCAUCGAAAUUUGGUCAAGUUGAUUGGCAUAUGCACAGAAGCGCAUAGCCGCUCCUUGGUUUAUGAGCUCAUUCCUAAUGGCAGUGUGGAAUCUCAUUUACAUGGAAUUGACAAGGACAGUGCUCCGCUUAAUUGGUUGCAACGCAUGAAAAUAGCACUUGGUGCUGCUAGGGGGCUGGCAUAUCUACACGAGGAUUCCAGCCCCCGUGUCAUUCACAGGGAUUUUAAAGCCAGCAAUAUUUUGCUAGAAGAUGAUUUUACACCAAAAGUGUCCGACUUUGGUUUGGCGCGAACUGCCAUGGAUGAGGAAAACGGACACAUAUCAACACGGGUCAUGGGAACUUUUGGGUAUGUGGCUCCGGAAUAUGCAAUGACUGGGCAUCUUCUUGUCAAGAGUGAUGUAUACAGCUAUGGGGUUGUCCUUCUCGAACUCUUAACUGGAAGAAAACCGGUAGACAUGUCACAGCCACCUGGUGAAGAAAACCUAGUUGCAUGGGCCCGGCCACUCCUCACAAGUAAAGAAGGGUUGGAAGCAAUCAUAGAUCCAAAUCUAGGAUCCGAGGUUCCAUUUGAAAGUAUCGCCAAAGUGGCAGCUAUUGCUUCGAUGUGUGUACAGCCAGAGGUAUCACACCGCCCUUUUAUGAGCGAGGUUGUCCAGGCCUUAAAACUGGUAUGCAAUGAGUAUGAUGAGGUGAAAGAAUUAGGUUCAAGGAAUUCUAGCCGAUGCGAUUUGUCCAUUGAUGUGGCUGAUGACACAAAUACUUCCUCAGGACAGUUGCCAGAUACUUUCCAAAACCAGUAUUCCAUGCUGACCUACAAUUCUGACCUCGAGACAGGGCGGGAAGCAUCAUUGUCAAAGAUUUGUAGUACAUCAAUGAGCACGGGGAGGCAAGAUACCGAAUCAUUCAGGAGACACUCCAGUUCAGGUCCUUUGGGAACAGGAAGGGGUAAGCAGUUCUGGGAGAGACUUAGGAGAUCAUCCGGGGGCAGUGUGAGCGAGCACGGGUUUAAAUUAUGGCAAGGCUCCCCCCAUUGAACGCUUACUACUAUCUUAAAAUGUUUGGUUUCUUGCUCAAUUCCUAAAUCUCAGAUCACCGUGUAAAAAACGCGCAUUUGCAGAACGCCGUGAAGACAGGUCUGCUGAGCAUGGGAACUCGGAUACGAGCUAAGUUGUGCAGAUGUGUACAAAUGGGAUGGAUGGAAAUCCGAAUUCGGAUCAACCUUCAUAAACUUCGAAACGGUAACCGGAGCUUAAGCAUAUAUAAGCAGGGUUCGGAUCAACCUACUGAAUUUUCAGAGUUGAAGCAUCAGAAGUUUUGGAUCAUAGGCAACUUAGAGUCUUUUUUUGUUUUUGUAAAUUUUUAUAUGAUAGUUGUGUAUUAUUCAGGGAAAGAGGACGCUCUUUGUUACCAACAAUGUACAGAACAUUUCCUGCCAUGAAAUUAAUCCAUCUUUUCCCUUCA